GGGUUAGGUUGUUGCAAUUACUUGACCCUGAAGUGACAGGUGACAACAGCAAGCACAUACGAUUGACAUUUGUAUAAGUUGGUCAAGUACUGUCGUCUUCGCUUUGCCAGUGAAACGCAAGAGAAACCACCGUGUGUAUAUUAAUGAAAUGAUACGUUGAAUUGGAUGAACUUAACGAAACUACAAGUCAACGAUGAGCACCAAUGAUAUCUUCGUUCCUUAAUUUAUCUCGGACGUCAAUAGAAUUUGGAUAUUUCAUUGGGAGUAAAUCUUAUACGAUUAAUUAACUAAAGGUAUUUGGAACUCGUAAUUAUGGAUGAAGAAACCCUAAACAAAUUGGCAGUUGAAGCAUUACUCGAGGAAGCAAAGUUAGGAGCAAGGAGAGCCGAAAUAAUGGGACCCAGUGGUUGGACAAAGCCCAAAGAAACCGUUAAUAAACGAUUCCUUCACUCUACCCUUCGCAAUGUAGUUCUUUCCAACAAACAUCGUUCAUCCAGGAAAGAUAAAGGAAGCAAACAUUAUUCGUGCAAAGAAAAUAAGAAAUGAGGUAUAAAAACGUGGAUAUUGACAUACUUGUCAUGCCCUUGAUGACGUACCAGUUGUACAAAGAAACUACCGCGUAAAAUAAACUGCAUAACUUUUAUUUAAA